CCUUGCGUAUCAUUGAAGUACAGUAAAAUCUAUUAUGUUAAUACCUCAACUAUUUGUUAUCGUCAACCACCAAAGUAGCAAAUCUUUUUUACAUAUUCUUAUCAAUGUUUAACAGAAACAAACAGUUAAUGUCUACUUUUUAGAACCGAGUUCUGAGACUAGACGUUGACCUCUAGUACUUCCAAUAAACAUUUUUUUUCAAUUGAAUAUUAAUAGUUUCAUUAAUUACUCAUCCGUCUAACCUUCAAAAUAUAAAACUUUUUCCAGUCAUAAAAAUUAUAUCAGAUAUUUUUGAAUCUAAAAUAUACAAAAUAAUAUGGCUUCCAUGGGUAAAAAAUUGUUCGAACAACUCAAGAGUAAAGAAUUCCGUACUUAUUUAAUGAGUACUCAUUUUUGGGGACCAAUAGCAAAUUGGGGUAUACCAAUAGCAGCAUUAUCAGAUGUUAGAAAAGAUCCUGAACUUAUUAGUGGUAAAAUGACUGGAGCAUUAUGUUUGUAUUCAAUUGCAUUCAUGAGAUUUGCAUGGAAAGUCCAACCACGUAAUAUGCUUUUGUUUGCUUGUCAUGCAACAAAUGAAGUAGCUCAAGUGGUCCAACUUUCAAGAUUCAUCAAUUAUAAUUAUUUAUCUAAUAAAAAAGAUAAAUCAAUUGAAAUAGCUUAAAUAUUCCAUUUUUUCUUAUUUUGGUAUACGACAUAUGUAAUUUAUUAUUUAAAUCAAAAUUUCAUUGUGAUAGGCUUCUGUAACAUGCAUUUAUAGAAAUGCAUAUUAAUUUUAACGUACUGACAUCCACUUGUUACUAUUGUAUACAAAUUUUAACAAUACGAUUUAGAUAAUACUGUAUUCAUAUUAUUUGCUCAUUUUUGUAUUUCAUUACUAUUGUAAGAAAAUGAGAUAUACUUGGCUGUUUAUAACGAUUACAAAUUGAACUUGUAUACUUUACUUUUAUGUGUUAUAAAGUUUUUUUUCUUAUGAAACCGUUAUUUAUUUUUAAUAAAUUAUAUUAGUAGUCUUUAA